CGUGCCAAAAGUCACGCUUCGCCCAACUCUCGGCGGAUAAUGACGUCGCGACGGCGAUGGUCGGCUGGCAAAUCGACUACGUAUCGACGACGCAAAUUAUGCCCGAGAUGUACGCCCGAUGACGAGCCCGAGUGUGAGUAUAAUGCGCGUGAAAUAACAAACGCGUUGCCCCAUCGGCGGCAGCCAAGGAAGUGCAACCACUGCGAGACGCGCCUGCCGCAGAUUCGUCGACCAUCGCCGAAUCCGGUUCACUCCCCCUCAAGUUUGAAUUCUGUAACGGUCGUACCCAAGUCUACCCGAUCGGUACUUACUGCGCCGUACACCCACAACUGGAUCACGAUGGAGGACGCGAAUGAGGUCUUGGUUAGCGCGGCCGAAUUCAUAAAAGAUCGCUUGUACUUUGUAACAUUAAGAACAACGAUGAAACCAAAAAGUACUCCAAACACUCAUUAUUUCUGUAUCGAUAAUGAGUUGGUGUAUGAAAACUUUUAUGCUGAUUUCGGUCCCUUAAAUUUAGCCAUGCUGUACAGAUACUGCCAAAAGGUUAACAAAAAAUUAAAGGGUAUCGCGCUCAGCAAAAAGAAACUUGUGCAUUAUACGACACUAAAUUCAGAAAAGAGAGUGAAUGCCGCAUUUCUCAUUGGAUGUUAUGCGAUAUUAUACUGUAAACGUACUGCACAAGAGGUUUACGAGUGUUUAACUAAAAGUUCAAAUAAUCUUGGAUUCAUUAUGUUUCGUGAUGCCUCCAUUGGACCACCAUGUUACCAGAUAUCAUUAAGUGAUUGUCUAAGUGCUAUAUACAAGUGCCAUCAACUUGGUUUCUUUAAUUUUGAAGAUUUCUGUGUGAAAGAAUAUGAACAUUUUGAGAGAGUUGAAAACGGAGAUUUAAAUUGGAUUGUACCUGGAAAGUUUAUUGCUUUUUGUGGUCCACAUGCAAGAUCUAAGGUUGAAGAUGGUUAUCCUCUGCAUGGUCCAGAGUCAUAUUUUACAUAUUAUCGCCGUAACAACGUAACGACAAUUGUACGGCUUAAUAAGAAGAUCUACGAUGCUUCAAGCUUUACUGAUGCAGGCUUCAAUCAUAAAGAUUUAUUUUUUGUGGACGGUUCAACGCCGACGGACUCUAUAAUGCAUCAGUUUCUUAAAAUAGCAGAAAAUGCUAGCGGUGCAGUUGCCGUGCAUUGCAAAGCGGGUCUUGGGAGAACUGGCUCUCUGAUUGGUUGCUAUAUUAUGAAGCAUUACCAUUUAACAGCUCAUGAAACGAUCGCUUGGAUAAGGAUAUGUAGGCCAGGUUCUGUAAUCGGACAUCAGCAACAAUGGCUAGAAAAAAAAGAGGCCUAUCUUCGUUCACUGCUGAAGGAUCCGUUGCAACCUGUAAAUGGAAACCCAGUUCACGAAUAUGGAAUAUACUCGAUAAUUGGCAGGCCCAGAACGGCUUCCUGGAGUAAUGUAAAGAGUCUCGUGGAAGACAACGUAUCGGGAAUAAUGCAUCGUGUAGAUGGAAUGAAAUUGGAUGAUCCCGCUCCGGUAGCCGGUGCCAGUGGUCCAACUAGAUACAGCACACUGACUCAAGGUGACAAAUUGUGCAGAAUCAAAGCUAAAAGAAGAGGCAUACCGCCGACUCAAACUUCUCUUAGUACAUCCACAGGGACGUCCACUGUUGUACAGGGCUUGCAAAAGUUCGUCGGAUUUUUUGCCAUAUUUCUUUUAAUAGUAACGAAACAAUACAUGCCAUGUUCAAUCAAAGUAUCCGCCAUCGUUAUUCAUCACUUUCUGCCACCUUUCAGCCCUUAUUUGGGACCUUUAUUGCAAACCAGGAGUCAAAAGGGAACGAUUGCUGCUCUAUCGGGAAAUAAAGAGAGAGAUCCUACCAAGAGGCUCCUAUCACGAUCUACUGCAACGACAGUUGUGAAAAGAAACAGUUGGUUGGUCAGCAGUAGCUGUGAUCCAUCUUCCUGCCGUAUUAGGUCUAAGCCAGCAACACAGAGCCAUAAUAUCAACAACAAUACAACCACCACUACUCCCGUUACAUCUUUAACCGUAUCAAAGCCAGUGAGAAGGGCGAAACGUACUUCCUGCAUGGCACAGGCCCAUACUACAAAUUCGUCCGCAAAUCAUUCGGUACCGCAGCCGCAACAAGGCAUGAAUAUGAUCCUCAGGUCGGCAGACCGAAUUACCCGCUAUUCACUCAGGCAUGCGCGCACAACAAAAAGUUAUAAAAGUGCAUUUAUCAGAUGACUAACCGAUAUUCCCAGUGGCGUUGGGGAGGACUGUCAGGUAACUGGAGCAUCUCACCAGCGCCGAAGAUCUCAUCGCUUAAACCCCAUCAUUCAAUAAAA